AACAAACCUCUGGAGACUAUGUUAUGGCAGAAAACCAGAUAAAUGAUUAUAUAGUAUUUGUAUCUCAUUUUUAAAAAGGGUAAAGAGUCUAAGUAGGGGCCACCAAACUAAACACAUUUGUGGGCCUUUCACCAAGGAACCCCCAGUUUGAGACACCUGGUAGUAAGUACAGUUAAUAUUGGGAGUAUAGAUAUAUUUUUAUGACACUGUGAAAUUUCAGGGUUUUAGUCCCUUCAGUGUUAGAAUAAAAAUAGAAAAUUCUAGCCCUGCUCUUCAUCAUGUGAAAAGUAACAACAAGCUCAGGACUCCAGGCUUUGGAGACAGACUAACCUGUGUUCAGGUCUUGAUUCAUCACUUCCUCAGCAGAUGACAUGGGGCCAAUCGGUGUUCUCCAGAUCUGGUUCAUUAGCUGUUAGGGGCUCAUGGGUUGUUAAGGGCUGUGAUGAUAAUUAAGGGAGCUCAUAUAUAUAAGGCUCCUGCCUGGUGUUCUGACACGUACUGCACCUCAGUGAAUGGUGACUGAUGUUACUAAUACUCCUGGAGUAAACUGGUUUCAGUGGCUUUCGUAUGUCUCACCUGCAGAAACAGAGCCACUGUGUGAAGUCUGAUGACUGAGGAAUGAUGCUCCUGAGUGUGGCUGAUGGCAGUAGGAUUCCAGAGGUCCCUGUGUCAAGAAGGGAGGAGACUGCGCCAUCCGUCUACACUCACUGCCUUCCUGAGUGUGCUUGGCGUCCAGGGAAGGAGCAUUCUGACGUGUCUCACCGUCAUCCUCACGGAAUGGCAGCCGUCGGCCUGUCCCAGGGAGGUCGUGUUUCCAGUGACCUGAUCUUCCUUCAUGAAGAAAAGACACAGGCAGCAAGGAUGGUGGCUGACUGUCUGAUAAAUUAUCAGGACUCGGUGACCUUUGAUGACGUGGCUGUGGGCUUCACCCAGGAGGAAUGGGCUUUACUGGACUCAGCGCAGAGAGACCUGUACAGAGACGUGAUGCUGGAGAACUACAGGAACCUGGCCUCAGUAGGGAAUCGCCUGUUCAAACCCAGCGUGAUCUGUUGGCUGGAGGAAGAGGAGUGGAUGACAGUGCAGAGGGGAGAGCUCCAUGCAUGGCAACUGAAAACCGAUGCGUCAGCACUUUGGCAGGAUAUUAUUUGUUUAAAAACAUCAAAUGGGAUUCAGACGGCAGGAACCCACAAUGGAAGGGAACCCUGUGACUGUGAGCAGUGUGGAGAAAUGUUUGUUGAGCACUGGUGCCUUAACAUGCACACGAGAAUUCAAGGUACAGAGAACACUCCCAUCUCUAAUCAGUGUGGGAAGUAUUUUAUUCCCCACAAGAAAAUCUCUACUGGAGAGAAACUACCUGUGUUUAAUCCAUGUGCAGAAGCCUUUAGCUUGACUCCAGAUGUUGUUUACCAUAGAACGCGCAAGGGAGACAAAUCCUUGGACUGCAGUGACAGUGGGAAGGAUUUCCUUGAUCAGUCCUACCUUCAGGCACAGGUGAGAACUCAAAUUAGAGAACUCUAUGGAGAGAAGCAGGGCGGGAAAUCCCUCACUGACCUCACAAGCUGUGCUAUGCCUGUGGAAAUGCAUACUACAAAGAAUGUCCAUGUAUGUAAGGAAUGUGGAAAAUUUAGUAGAUCUCCUUCCGACCUUAAAAUUCACAUGCAAACCCACACAGGGGAGAAACCCUAUGAACUUAUGAAAUGUGGGAAGUCUCUCACUAUUUCUUCCAGCCUAACUGAACAUGUAAAACUUCAUAGCAAAGAGAAACCUCAUCAACAUAAGGAAUGUGGAAAAUCCUUCACUGGGCAUUCAGGCUUUUCUGAUCAAAUACUCACUGGAGAGAAGUCCUAUGAACAUAAGGAAUGUAAGAAAGUCCACAGUCAAUUUUAUCUACUAACUGAGUGUUUAAAAACUCACAGGAGGGAGAAACCCUUUGCAUGUAAGGUAUGUGGAAAAUCUUUUAGAAAUUCGUCAUGCUUGAAUAACCAUGUUCGAAUUCACACUGGGGUAAAACCCUAUAAAUGUGAGUAUUGCGGGAAAGCCUUUGCUGUGCGCUGUGGCCUCACUAGACAUAUACGAACUCACACUGGCGAGAAGCCAUAUGAGUGUAAGGAAUGUGGGAAAGCCUUCUGUACAUCCUCAGGCCUUAUUGAACAUAUAAGAACUCACACUGGAGAGAAGCCCUAUGAAUGUAAGGAUUGUGGGAAAGCUUUCACUGUUUCUUCCAGCUUAACGGAACAUGUAAGAAUUCAUACUGGAGAGAAACCAUAUGAAUGUAAGCAGUGUGGAAAAGCCUUCACUGGGCGCUCAGGCCUUUCUAAACAUGAACGCACACACACUGGAGAGAAACCCUAUGAAUGUAAGGAAUGUGGGAAAGCCUACAAUAGGUUUUAUCUACUAAAUGAACAUUUAAAAACUCACACACAGGAGAAGCCCUUUGAAUGUAUGGUAUGCAGAAAAUCCUUUAGAAACUCUGCAUGCCUGAAUAAGCACAUUCAAAUUCACACUGGAAUAAAACCCUAUGAAUGUAAAGAAUGUGGAAAAGCCUUCACUGUUUCUUCAAGCCUAACUGAACACAUACGAACUCACACUGGAGAGAAGCCCUAUGAAUGUAAAGAAUGUGGAAAAGCCUUCACGACUUCCUCACACCUGAUUGUGCAUGUAAGAACUCACACUGGAGAGAAGCCCUAUAUAUGUAAGGAAUGUGGGAAAUCCUUUGCUUCUUCCUCACACCUCAUUGAACAUAUAAGAACUCACACUGGAGAGAAACCAUAUAUAUGUAAAGAAUGCGGGAAAGCCUUCCGUGCUUCCUCACACCUCCAUAAACAUAUAAGAAUUCACACAGGGCAGAAAGCCUGGUGUAAGGAAUGUGGAAAAGUCUACAAUAGGUUUUAUCUCUUAAGUGAACAUUUAGUAAAUUACACUGAAGAGAAGCUUUUUGAAUGUGAGGUAUGUGGAAAAUCCUUUAGGAAUUCUUCAUGCCUUAAUCAUCACUCUGAACUUCACACUGGUGAGAAACCUCAUUAAUGUGAAGAAUGUGGAAAAGCCCUCAGUUGUGCUAGUUCACUUUGGAGACAUGGACAUACACUCUUGAGAUCCCUCGUCAGUUUCAGGAACACCUGAGAGCCAUUGGAAUCCGAUCAUAGUCCGGCAUGGAGGAGCUCACUGUGGACCUGUGUGAUGUAAGAAACACAGAAAGCCUUCACCAUUCCCUUGGGUUUUCCUAAAUAUGUGAAUCUUGGACUGCUGAACUACCCUGUUGAUAUGUGAUAUGUGGAAAGUUGUAGUUGUGCUAAACAAUGUUCACUUGUGAUCUCACAGUGGGGAAAGGACUUACAAAGGGGGAAAAAAAUGAUGGAAAGUCA